UCCGCGCGACCUGGGCGCGGUGGCAGCCGCGGUCCUGCGGAGCGCAGUGCGGGACCGCGAGUGGACGGACGGACGGACGCGAGCCCGGCGGCCGCCCCGUACGCGCACCAUGGCGCGUUUCCCCGGAUGGAGAAUGACAGCUGGCAAGAUUGCUCUUUGAGGAGAUCCUACCAGUUCCCUCGUCUCACGAAGCCUGCCUCGGGAUCUAAGACAGGAAGCCCACACAGGCCGUCUGAUGCAGAGGCUCCCCGCCUCCUGUAACCCUUGAUAAAGGUGCCUGGGUGGUCAGCGGCAGCACGCCGCCUUUCGUCCCUUUCUGGAGUGUCUGGUUAAAAAACGCAGGCACAUUUCUUUAAAUUUAGCACCUAUUUGAGAAAAAAGAAAGCGAGUCCUGUGAAUGGCUCCGUCUUUGGCCCCCGUCCCUUCUCUGUGAGGUCCGCCCUUCAUAAAGCACAGAUAAACUGCCUGCUGGAGACACAGAUUUUCCCCAGUGGGAACGCUGGGUCCUGCCUUUCGUCGUAGCUCAACAUAGGACCUGCCAGCUGAAAGCUGCAGUCCCUUCAAUGCAUUUCAUCUUCUCAGAUGAGGCUGUGCUUCUGUUUGAUUUCUGGAGAGUCCACAGUCCUACAGGCAUGGCCCUCUCAGUGCUGGUCGUCCUGCUCCUGGCUGUAUUAUAUGAAGGCAUCAAGGUUGGCAAAGUCAAGUUGCUCCACAAGACUCUGGAGAACCUGCCUAAUACCACCAGCCAGCAGCUCAUCCUGGAAUCAGACCAGGAUUCUACAGGCUCCGGAUCAACUCCAGCCAAUGGUACCCACCUCAGGUGGUUUUUGUUUUACUUCGGCCAGGCCCUAGUCCAUGUCACCCAGGUGGUCACUGGAUACUUCGUGAUGCUGGCUGUUAUGUCCUACAACACCUGGAUUUUCCUCGGUGUGGUCUUGGGUUCAGCUGUGGGCUACUACCUGGCCUACCCACUUCUCAACAUGACAUAGUGAGCCAGAGAUGUGCAGGUGCUCAGGGCUGGAGGGCGGCCUCUGCUCCAGACACUGUACUUCCAGCUGCGGCUUCCUAUGACGGCCAUUGCUCACCUCUUUCCCAGUUCCUGGCAGCUUUGAGCUGAAGCCAGCAAAUUGUCCCUGGAGCUUGGAGGACAGUGGAGCUACCUCCUUUCCCAGCCUGGCUUACAUAGGGUCCAGGCCUCCUGUGGUGCCUUAAACAAGUGGCUGUGACCAAAGGGAAUAUGGAGACUGAAACCUGGAGUUAGGGUAGCCAGGCCGGUGACCAUACACCUCAGACUGCAAAUUAAAAAUUUCCAAAGAGCUUCAGUGAGGAAGGUCAUGGAACCUGGAUACCUUUUUUGCUUUGUGCCUUAAUGCUAGGAGCAUCUCCAGUCUUGGAGGAUGGACCAUGCCAGCUCCUUCUCACCUUUUUGCCUUAGAACACAUAAAGACUGCCACUGACAAACCACUUUUUUUACCUUGAACUCCUGGUUGGCGAUUUUGCACAUUCAUACAAAACCAAUUUUCUAAUGAGCUCACUGCGUUCAUGAUGGUGUCUGUUGAAACCCGUCUCCCUACCUAGGGAAGACCAGCACUGACUAGAGGCAGGGAGCCGGGCUUGUCAGCAAGGCUGCAGACAUGUCUACUGUGUCGAUGCCCUUUCAUUUGACAGCACUGCCUGUAGCAGCUGAGUCUUGUGACCAGGGCUUUACCGGAUCCUCUUGUUUGCAUCAUAACAAAGCUGACUGCCCCUUAUUUCUUACUUGCUGCUAACUCCUAAUGACCUGAUAGGGAGCCGUGAGUCAGUCACUGAAGCACUGAUUCAGCAGGGGUGGCUGGGGGUGCAAUAAGAAGUCAAACCAAAGUCAAGUCAUGCUAAGAGUUAACUGGACUCCUGGUAUUUGAGCCUUUUCGUUUUACAAAUAAAAGUUAAGACACAAGAAUGGGGACAUAUACCUGUAAUCCACAGUACUCAGGAGACUGAGCCUGGAGAUUGUGGGUUUGAGGGCAGCCUGGGCUACAUACGGAGUUCCAGGCAAGCCUGGGAUGCACAGUAAAACACACACACACACACACACACACACACACACACACACACACACACACACGGCAGUCACUGCUAUAUACUAUGUAGUGUCUAUGUUCAAGUACUCCUGAAAGAUGAUUUUAAGCUUUGGGAAUUAAAAACAAAUAACACUUUAAUAAAUUUCUAUUUUUGAACAGUU